CAGUGUCAGUGUCAUUUUUCUUGUUAUUGUGUCAUUGUGUGAGGUUAUGAUCUUAAAAAUAUUUGAAAAUAUUGAAAAUGUAUAGCUAUUAGGUUUUUUAAUCUACAAUUAAUGAGAAAGUUUUCUUUCUCCUCUAUCUCUGUGUUCCUUAUUAUGAGAGUCAACAAUGUGUCUGCUAACGCUCAGUAGGUUGGGUGGCUUUAAAAUCAGACCAAUUUGUUAUCAUAUCUCCAAGACUUUUAGCAGUGAUAAUGUGCAAGCCAAGAUAAAUACCCAGAAAUUAUCAGGAGAUCCGAGCCUGAUAGAGGUACUGCCGUCGUGGAAGGCGGACGAGGAGCCCGAGCUGCGAGCGGCGGUGCUGCGCGACAUGCAGGUGCUGCCCGACUUCGUGUCGGAGGCCGAGGAGGCCGCGCUGCUCGCCGAGCUGGAGCCCGCGUUGAAACGCAUGAGAUAUGAGUUCGAUCAUUGGGACAAUGCAGUUCGAUUUUUUCAAGAGUCCGAGAAUGAUUCCGUUGCUUGUUGCGGGCAGUUCUGUGGCGGCGUGAUCGCGGGGCUGUGCCUGGCGUCGGACGCCGUCAUGCGGCUGCGGCACGCGGCGCGCGACCACCUCGCGCUCGACGCGCUCAUCGCGCGCCGCUGCCUCUACGUCAUGAGGUAUACUAUAGUCUGCUCUGCGAGCACGUAGAA